AUGUCCGUUAUGAGUGCGCUGCCCUUCCUGAAGCCAAUGCAUGUGCGCACCACAGUCUCACCCGGUCGACAGAGGAGACACACUCUUCCUGCCAGCGAGUUUCGUCCUCUAAGUCCUCAAGAUGCCAUCAGUGUUUUUGAAAUCGAGAGAGAAGCCUUCAUAUCAGUGUCCGGGGAGUGUCCACUGCACCUUGACGAGGUGAGGCAUUUUCUGUCUUUGUGCCCGGAGCUCUCUUUAGGCUGGUUUGAGGAGGGUCGGCUCGUCGCUUUUAUCAUCGGCUCCUUAUGGGAUCAGGAACGUCUCACCACUGAAGCACUGACUCUCCAUAAACCUCAGGGACACACGGUCCACAUCCAUGUACUGGCCGUUCACCGAACCUUCCGUCAGCAGGGCAAAGGCUCCAUCCUACUGUGGCGUUACCUGCAGUACCUGCGCUGCUUGCCUUACGUGCGCAGAGCCGUCCUCAUGUGUGAGGAGGUUUUGGUGCCCUUCUACCAAAGAUCCGGCUUCAAAGUGCAGGGGCCAUGCGCCGUCACUGUGGGCUCACUGACCUUCAUCGAGAUGCAGCAUCUCAUCAGGGGCCACGCUUUCAUGCGACGUAACAGCGGCUACUGA